GUGCAAUUCCGAAAUAUGUUGCUAUUUGAGAUCGGGUCACACCUGGGUCCUGAUUAAUCCAGUUAAGAUAGAUUCCUUUUCAUCCCGAACAUUUGCUCUAUUAUUUAGUUCAGUGGAACAUAUUACGUUUUGAAUUGGAAAGUGUUCUCAAAGUCGACCUUUAAAUGAAUGUUUUGGUGUCAUUUUUUGCCACUAUGAUUUUUACAUCUAUUUUGUUGGAAACCGCAAUACUGGCGGUUAGCCAUCCGAUAACACAUGCUUCCGUUUGUAGCCUAGAGGAUCUGAAAGUUCGCUUGCGAGAUUCGUGUAGUGAAUUACGUGUACCAACGCAUUUUGGGGAAUUUGAAAGAACGCGAAGAAGUUACUCAGAUAUAUCGCCAGAUGCUUCUAAACCCAAUUAUUAUGUCCGAGUUAAACGGGACCAAGUACAGGUGAUAUGCUGCACCCCAAAACUCAUACCAACCUAUGGUCAUAGAUGCAUCGAUUUCUACAGUUGUUAAAGCGAAAAUUUAUUUUUUCGGAUAUAUUUUUAUACACAUUUUAUAUGGAAGGUCUGUUAACAAUAAAAAAAAAUCCUAAAGGACCUACUUUUAAUGUUUUGAACUGUAGGUGAUGCUUAAAUUAGUAUACUCAAUAAAACAUCGCAGGCAAUUUUAUUUAAACGCGUUAUGCUGCGCUAGAUGAAAUAUGUUUAGUUAACAGAUUAUUUAUUUUGAAAAUAAAUGAUAACUAUUU